AUGGAACGUAUUCUUCUUGUUGCUGAUUAUCCUAAUUUAACUGAACUUAAAUUCUUUAAUUUUAAUCAUAAAGUUGUUUCACGUUAUUUUACAGAUCAAUCACCAUUUCGACGUAUUUUUCAACAACAAAUUAUAGAUCUUAUUCUUGUAUUCAAAGAAGAUAUGAAUAAAAUAUCAGUAAAAGAUUAUACAAUAGAUGUCUAUGGAUAUAUUAUGAAAUUCUUCGAAAAUCUAAAACAUUUAUCUAUUACUGGAUCAUAUCCCUACUAUUUUCCACCUUUGGAACUUCAUCAUCUACCGUUAACUACCUUAUUCUCUUCAACUCUUGACAAAUUAUGUAUUCAUGUGAUGAGAUUUGAAGAUUGUCUUGCUUUACUUGAUGGUCGUCUUAAACAAUUAAAAACAUUGAUUGUUGAUAUUUGUUGUAUAGAAUAUCCUUCAUGGAGAGUUUACAAUAUGGAUGAUCUCCCUAAUUUAAAAUAUUUCUCUUUAACAUCGGUUGACUACUUUACUAAUAAAUAUGAUACUGGGAUUCUACCUCUUUUUCGUCGUAUGUCAAAUCUUGAAGAAUUAAAUUUGUAUAUUAUGGCCAAGGAUCGAACUACAUUUCUCGAUGGUACUCACAUUUAUAAUGAAAUUCUUGUUCAUAUGCCUCGACUUCAGAUAUUUAACUUUUAUAUUUCUACCCUCGUUGGAAUCGAUCCUUUAGUUCGUCAUCUAUCGAAAGAUGAUAUUCAACGAACACUUAGUAAUAACAUAAAAUAUCAACAAGUGGAUUGUAUUGUAAACUAUGAAUAUAAUUUUGUCAAAUGUCAUGUCUUUUCAUUACCGUUUAUGUUUGAAGAUCUCUACAAUAUUGGCAAUACAUUUCCAAAUGUUAUUUUCAGUCAUGUUAGAAGAUUAUCGGUGAUCGAUAUUGUUCCAUUCAAUCAUGAAUUUUUCAACCGAAUUGCUUGCUCUUUUCCUUUGCUUAAAGACUUAGGUGUUGUUAAUUUUAAUCCACAAUCAUCAAUAUCAGACGAACGGAACUCUAAUGAUAAUCAAUUGUAUUUAAUUGUUAAAUUGAAUUAUCUUAUUUCGCUUUAUCUGGUGGAUGUUCAUAUUGAUUAUGUCGAUCAAUUUCUCAAUGAAAGAAAAACACAUCUACCUCGUCUAACUGAAUUAACAAUUGAUUAUGAUCAUUUAACAAUCGUCACAGAUAACUUUACAAGAGAUACAACACGGCUUAAUUGUAUCAAUGUGAAAGAAUUAAAUUCCUAUAACACAAGAGUACAACAGUCAAAAGAUUUUUAUGUUUAUUUUCCUCUGUUAAAACCUUGA